AUGCAGUUUGAUUCAGAUUCAGACUCCGACGGAUCUCACGUCUCCACAACCCCUCCAAGACAACCAAAUCCACCACCACCAUUACCACCAAAAUCACCGCGUCCAGUUUCCAACAAAAAAUCCAAAUCCAAAACCAAACCCUCAAAAUCCAAUAAACCCCCUUCAAAACCUCCCGAAACUCUCAUCCAACAACAGGACAAUUUCCCACUCCCUUCCAUCACUUCCCUUCCUUUCCAAAUCCGACUAAGAUCUUCCGACGGACCUUCAACUUCAUCUUCAUCUUCAUCUUCCCACUCCAUGGAAACCCUCCCUGCUGGCUUCUUCUCCAAAUCAAUUUCAUUCUCCAAAAUUCGUAAACCCUUACUCAAUCUAGAACCUUCCGAAUCCGAACCACUUCUUAACUCCCCCAAAGCCACCGCGGAGAAACCUCCCAAUUUGAUUGCUGCUAAGAAGCUUCCCAAUUUGAUUGCUGCUAAGAAGCUUCCCAAUUUGAUUGCUGCUAAGAAACCUCCUAAUUUGAUUGGUGCUAGUUUGCCAACACCGACAGUGAAGGUACUACGAGGCUCCGGUGAAGGAAAUUUUGUGAAAUUGAAUUUGAGUGGUAAGAGGAAAAAGUUUUUGAACAAAGGCUGGAAGAAAAAUGGAAAAUUUGGCAGUGGUAAAAGGUAUAGAAGAAAUGGUUAUAGUAAUAGUAGUAGUAAAAGUAAACGUACCAAAUUGGAAGGUGAAGGGGAGGAUAAUGAGGAGGAUGGUUUGGGUUUGGAGAAUGCAAAGCAACAACAGAAGCAAAAGGGUUGGGAGAUUGAGUGCAAAGUGUUGGAGGAGGCCGUGUUAGCAGCAAGAGGUGAAGCUUCUGAUGAGAAUUUGAUGAAGCUGUUGAAAUUGAUUCAUGGUUAUGAUUCUUUUCGAGAGGGGCAGCUUGAGGCUAUCAAGAAUGUUCUUGCUGGGAAGUCUACUAUGCUUAUUUUGCCCACUGGUGCAGGGAAGUCGUUGUGUUAUCAGUUGAGUGCGUUGAUUUUGCCCGGCAUUACGCUUGUUGUUAGUCCAUUGCUAGCUUUGAUGAUUGAUCAGCUUAAGCAAUUGCCUCCACUCAUUCCUGGUGCUCUCCUAAGCAGUGCGCAAACGCUUGAAGAAUCAUCUGAAACUCUCAGCCAGCUUCGGCAAGGCACAAUAAAGGUGCUUUUUGUUUCACCCGAGCGGUUUUUGAAUAAGGAGUUUCUGUCUGCUAUCUCUGCUGGGUCAGCUGUCUCACUCGUUGUUAUUGACGAAGCACAUUGUAUAUCUGAAUGGUCUCACAAUUUCCGACCUUCAUUCAUGAGACUUAGAGCAUCACUACUUCAUAGAAGUCUUAAUGUAGGUUCUGUUCUCGCAAUGACAGCAACUGCUACAACCACAACCUUAGAUGCCAUCAUGUCUGCCCUAGAUAUUCCUUUUACAAAUCUUAUUCAGAAUGCACACUUAAGGGACAAUUUGCGUUUGUCGGCGUCUUUGAUAAAAAAUAGAAUGAAAGACCUACUGGUUCUGAUAAAGUCUCCUCCUUUUGCGGAUGUUAAAAGCAUCAUAGUAUACUGCAAAUUUCAGUCUGAAACUGAUCAAAUUAGCAGAUACUUGAAUGAUAACAAUAUCUCGGCAAAGAGUUAUCAUAGUGGUAUUUUUGCAAAGGAACGUGGCAACGUACAGGAGUUGUUUGCUUCAAACAAGAUCAGAGUGGUUGUUGCAACUGUGGCAUUUGGUAUGGGACUAGAUAAAAGAGAUGUUGGAGCAGUAAUUCAUUACAGUUUACCUGGAAGUCUGGAAGAGUAUGUACAGGAAAUAGGACGUGCUGGGAGAGAUGGAAGGUUGUCCUACUGUCACCUAUUUUAUGAUGAUGAGAUGUAUUUCAAACUCCGUAGUCUAAUGUACAGUGAAGGAGUAGAUGAAUAUGCAGUGAAUAAAUUUCUGUCUGAAGUGUUUCCUGCUGACAAAAGCUCCUGUGGGAAAAUAUGUUCGUUAAUCAAAGAAUCUGCUUCACGCAGAUUUGACAUGAAGGAAGAGGUGAUUCUCACAGUUUUGACACGCUUAGAGCUGGGUGAUGUGCAGUACUUACAUUUACUUCCACAGACAAAUGUUACUUGUGUUCUGAAUUUUUACAAGACUCCGGCUGUGUCCCUUGCCCAAAAGGUUUCUGCUAUUGCUGUGAUUCUGAAAAGAUCUGAAAAUAGACACGGACAACAUACUUUUGAUCUUCCAACUGUGGCAAAUGACAUGGGGGUCACACCAGUUGAAUUAACAAAUCAGUUGUAUGACCUAAAGUUGAAGGGAGAAAUAACUUAUGAAAUGAAAGACAUGGCCUACUGUUAUAGGAUUCUUGAAGUCCCAACAGACUUAUUGUCUCUAUCGGCAGAUAUUACCAAAUGGUUAUCUGAAGUUGAAAGUUGUAAGGUGCGGAAAAUGGAUGCGAUGUUUAAUGCUGCAUAUUUUGCAGUCAAUCUAUGUGAUAAGAUGAACGGUUGCAGUAGUGCCGAUCACACUUCAUGCUUGCAAAGGAUAAUAUUGGACUACUUUGCUGGAAUUGAUAAUAUUGAUUUCUGCAAGAAAAUUGAUCAAAGCAGUCCUUUCCUGCGGCCAGAUAUAAAGGUUUUUCUACAGAGCAAUUCACAUGCUCGCUUUACACCAAGAGCUGUUGCGAGGGUUAUGCACGGAAUUGCAAGCCCAGCCUACCCUUAUACAAUAUGGGGUAAAACCCAUUUCUGGGGAAGGUAUACCAAGAUAGACUUUAAAGUGGUGAUGGAAGCAGCAAAGGAAGAACUUAAAAAAUUAGUUGGGAAGGAUAUUCUGUAG